UCCAGCUACGAAUCUGCGGCUGUUGAGCAAAGCCAGGCCAGUUUCGGCGCAGCGGCAUCAAAUCUCAACGUCGAAGCGUCGAAGCAGCGUAGCAGCGUACUCGCUUUUUUUGGGCAUUGUGCAGAGCGCCGCUGAAGCGUUAGGUUGGUGGCGUUCCCGUAUUACGAUCCCGUGAAAUGGCUAGUGUAGUUUCGGGAGUGCACAUUAUGAUGCUGAGCUAGUAUCGGCGGUAAGUGGCGUGUUGACGGCCUGGUCGAACACGUUCACACUGGGACAAUCGGCACCACUUGUCGAACUGUCCAACUCCUGGGGCAUGACGGCCAAGUCUGGAGGAGUGUUCACCACAAGACAUGAACUGUAAAUAUCUAGAAUGAACCGUAGAGAAUUUCCGCUGUCUCUGAUGGCCACAGCCUUCCUGAUAGUCACCACGCUACCAGGUUCGCAACAAGGGCCGCACGAGAAGCGGCUGCUUAAUAAUUUGCUAGGGCCCUACAAUGUGCUGGAGAGACCCGUAGCUAAUGAAUCGGAACCCUUAGAAGUGAAAUUCGGCCUAACUCUGCAACAAAUCAUUGAUGUGGACGAGAAGAAUCAACUCCUAAUAACAAAUAUUUGGCUUUCUUUGGAAUGGAACGACUACAACCUGCGGUGGAACGAAUCGGACUACGGGGGAGUCAAAGAUUUGAGAAUAACACCGAACAAGCUGUGGAAACCAGAUGUUCUGAUGUACAACAGUGCUGAUGAGGGUUUCGACGGGACUUUCCAAACAAACGUUGUGGUCAAACAUAACGGCAGUUGCUUGUACGUCCCUCCGGGUAUCUUCAAGAGCACAUGCAAGAUAGACAUUACGUGGUUCCCCUUUGAUGACCAACACUGUGACAUGAAGUUUGGUAGCUGGACCUAUGACGGCAACCAGCUUGACUUGGUAUUAAACAGCGAAGAUGGAGGCGACCUCUCGGAUUUCAUCACGAACGGAGAAUGGUACCUUUUAGGAAUGCCCGGAAAGAAGAACACAAUAGUGUACCAGUGCUGCCCAGAGCCCUACGUCGACGUGACCUUCACCAUACAAAUCAGAAGGCGCACACUGUACUACUUUUUUAACCUGAUAGUUCCUUGCGUGCUGAUCUCAUCAAUGGCUCUAUUGGGAUUCACGCUGCCACCUGACUCAGGCGAAAAACUAACUCUAGGUGUCACCAUACUUCUUUCAUUGACAGUAUUUCUCAACCUAGUAGCUGAAAAGAUACCAACUACAUCAGAUGCAGUACCGUUAAUAGGCACAUAUUUCAACUGCAUCAUGUUCAUGGUUGCUUCUUCGGUGGUACUUACCGUCGUGGUCCUAAACUACCAUCACCGAACGGCUGAUAUUCACGAGAUGCCCCAAUGGAUCAAGACGGUAUUUCUACAAUGGCUUCCAUGGCUGUUGGGCAUGAGCAGGCCCGGCAAAAAGAUAACGCGUAAAACGAUCCUGAUGAACAGUCGCAUGAAGGAAUUGGAACUGAAGGAGAGAUCCUCAAAGAGCCUGUUGGCGAACGUGCUGGAUAUCGACGACGACUUUCGAAACGUAUCGGGAGGCAAUAACGCAUCAAUGACAACAACCAGUUUGGGCGGCGCUUUCAUGAGACACCCGACAACAAUAGAAGACACAGCGCUACCAGGCAGCGGAACGCAACGAGACCUACAGCACAUUCUUCGUGAGCUGCAAUUCAUCACGAAUCGAAUGAAAAAGGCGGAUGAAGAGGCUGAAGUGAUAAGCGACUGGAAGUUCGCUGCUAUGGUAGUCGACCGAUUCUGUCUGAUAAUAUUUACGUUGUUCACCAUCAUAGCGACGGUCGCAGUGCUCCUAUCAGCACCGCACAUCAUAGUCCAGUAGAACAGGCGCUGUAGCUGCAAGCCGAAACUAAGAGUUAAUCGCCGACACAACAAGAAGAGUAUAGUUCGUUUGAAGUUGUUUGACUAUGAACUGUUCUGUAUAGGGGGUGGUACCAGGACUUGUAUUUGGCAUACUUCUUGCUCUACCAACUGUAAAUUUAACUAUUAUAUUUCAACCACGUGCUUCCAGAGAUCACCUCAACCAAGUACCUGAUUAAUGAACUCUGAAGACUAUUAUUGUGUUCCUUUAAGAGAUUGUUGUGACUGGGUGUGAUUACCGUAGCCAAACCAUACCGAGGUACAUCAUAUUUCAAAUGUAAUAUGUUCAUUGAAUCCCAACCUAGAUCUUGGUUGUCAGUGCUCUGUAGAACGCGAAGUACCAAAACUGCCACAAUACAGGUUCACGAACCAUCCUCCUAGGGGAAAAUAUGAUGAAGCUAUAGUUAUGACACGACCAUAAACGUUUACUGUGAUACUAACCUCGUAUUGUGUCGGCAAUUCGGCACAGCAGCAAUGUGCAAAUGUGCCUUCCCUGUGGAACUGUGGAGCUCUUGAACAACUAAAAGGCAGGCACCUAUGUGCACGUAAUAGGCCAUUAAAUAGUCACGUCCUCUCGAUCUCGUCGACCGUUCAGCCAAUAUAAAAUUCUCGGUAAGUUUUUAUCUAUUUUAUGACGUUUAAUGAAUGAUAAUUUAUGGAGGGGUCUACAUAUAAUAUCAAUACUGCAUGAGUUCAAUUUUUGGACUAGGUUUUAGUUGAAUACUAAUUCGGGUCUAAAUGAAGGGUGGCAGCUUUUUUAAAUUCAUUUUAUUUCUCAUUGAGGCCUGGAAAAUUAUAAAACUAUAUUUAAACAUGUUUAGAAAGUUGCCUCCUUGUGUCAUCUGGGUACGACCAAAGCAGUUACACAAAAAAAACAAUUUCCUUUUUUAAAUAAAAUUGGUAGCUGAAAUGUAUUAUUUCUUCAAAAUUUUUCUAUCAAUCUGGACACAUUUGGCUAUGAAAUGUAUUAUAUUCUUAAUGGUCAAUAUAAAAUUUCUCGUUUUGGAUCAGUACCGCUCAUAUAUAAAUUACAUUGUACAUAUUAUAGAUAAUUUAGGUAAGAAUGUAAAAAUAAGACUUGCAGAAUUAAGACUAUUGAAAUGGUGAAGGUUUUUAAUGUCUUCAAGUUUCCUCCAUGUUCAUUUAAAACAGUUACCAAUUUUUUGAUUUUUCUAUCCUAAUGAUCCAACUCUAAAUGGACGUUUUUCAGUUUCAUUUUCUUUCCAUGGGUUUCUGAUAAAUUGAAAGAAAAAAGAUAUUUGUACAUACAGUCUUAAAGUUUUCUAGUUUAGGAAGGAAGUUGUCUUCUAUCAUCCCCGGGGUACGACCAUAGUUUAUUACAAGAAGUAAUAAUAUUAAGUAAAUAAAAUCAAUGACUGAAAUGUAUCAUUUUCUUCAAAAUUAUUCACUAAUUUGUACACAUUUGGCUACGAAAUGGUUGUAUUCUUAAUUAUAUAAAAUUUCUUGAUUUGGAUCAGUACCGUUCAUAUAUAAAUUUCAUUGUACAUAUUAUAGACAAUUUAGGUAAGAAUGUAAUAAUAAUAAAAGUUGUAAAUGACGCAGAAUUAAGACUUUUGAAAUAGAGAAGGUUUUUAAAAUCAUCUUCCAUGGUCAUUUGAAAGAGUUACCAAUUUUUUGAUAUUUCUAUCCUAAUGAUCCAACUUUAAAUGGAGCUUUUUCAGUUUCAUUUUCUUUUCUAUUAGUUUCUGAUGAAUUGAAAAAAAAGAUAUUUGUACAUACAGUCUUAACAUUUUAUAGUGUAGGAAGGAAGUUGUCUUCCAUCAUUUCUGGGGUACGACCAUAAUUUGUUACAAGAAACAAAAAUCGAUGACUAAAAUGCAUUUUUUUUCCAAAUUUUUCAUUAAUCUGGACUUAUUUGGCUACAAAAUGGUUGUAUUCUUAAUGGUCAAUAUAAAAUUUCUUGUUUUGGAUCAGUACCGCUCAUAUAUAUAUUCCAUUGUACAUAUUAUGGACAAUUAAGGUGAGAAUGUAAUGAUAAUAAAAGUUGUAAAUGAUGCACAAUUAAGACUUUUGAAAUGGAGAAGGUUUGAAGAAUCCUCCAUGGUCAUUUGAAAGAGUUACCAUUUUUUUGAUAUUUGUAUCCUAAUGAUCCAACUCUAAAUGGAGCUUUUCAGUUCAUUUAUCUUUUUCAUUGAGUUCUAAUAAAUUGAAUAAAAAAGAUAUUUGUACAUACAGUCUUUUUUGUAGUUUAGGAAGGAAGUUGUCUUCUAUCAUCCCCGGGGUACGACCACAGUUUAUUACAAGAACCAUAUACUGUUUUAAGUAAAAUUGAUGUUCUUCAAAAUUAUUUAUUAACUUGGACACAUUUGGCUACGAAAUGGUCAACAUAAAAUUUGUUGUUUUGGAUCAGUACCACUCAUGUAUAAAUUUCAUUGUACAUAUUAUAGAUAAUUUAGAUAAGAAUGUAAUAAUAAUAAAAGUUGUAAAUGACGAAGAAUUAAGUCUUUUGAAAUAGUGAUGGUUUAAAAGGUCAUCAAGAUUCCUCCAUGGUCAUUGAAAACAAUUACUAAUUUUUUGAUGCUUCUAUUCUAAUGAUCCAACUCUAAGUGGAGCUACUUCACUUUCAUUUUCUUUUUCAAGAAAGAAAUAGUUGUUAUACACAUAGUCUUAACAUUUUCUAAUUUAGAAAGGAAGGAAGUUGCCUUCUCUCAUCUCCAGGCUACGACCACAGUUUAUUACAAGGAACAUCAACUUCUCUAAUGAAAAAUUGAUGGCUGAAAUUUAAUGUAGCUUAGAUAUUUAUACAUAUAAUCUUAACAUUUUCUACUUUAGGAAGGAAGGAAGUUGCCUUCUCUUUUCAAAUUGAAGGUAUUUAGACUUAUAUUGAAGAUUCCUCCAUAAUCAUCCAAAAUUUUUAGCAAUUUUUUGACAUCUUUAUUUAGAAAUUUAUAACUCACAAUACAUCCUGAAUAUAAUGAUGAAUGAAUAAUUGCCCUUUUGUGAUGUAUAUGCAAUUAAAUUUUGAGUAAUGUGCACACUUUUUUAGCCAUCAAUGUUACGUGACGAGCAAGAAAUUGUUUGUUAAUUAAUAAACCAAAGAACGUUCAUUAAAAAAAAAUAAUAGAACAGGGGCAAUAAAUUACAGACUCUCACCUCCUGUUACCAACAAGAGAUGGAUGUAUUGUUUGUUGUAAUUAAGGUAAAAAUUAAAGAAUGGUGGAUGAUAUUGAGAUGAUGUGACGUGACUAUGGGCUAUUAAUAAGCGCUGCACCAUAUAUUGUACUGCAUUGGGGUGGAGAUGUAAAUGUUAAAUUCCUCUAAGCCUCAAAUGCAACCAAAAUGUAUUGGUAAAUGGCAAUAUAAUAAUACGUAUAUAAUCGUAUCGUUUAGAUCAGAUCGGACAUUGGACACUUGACAUGUCCCAUCAUCCACUCGCUAUAAUCACUCAAAAAAAAAAAAAAUACCAGUACGCCAGUAUUUGUUAUUCAGUACUUCGUGCAAGUAGCUAGUUGGUAGAGUAUCAUUAGUUCGAGGUACACACGUGUCUGCCUUUUGUUAGCCCAUUGAAUUAAUAAAAGGUGUCCACCUGAAUUAAAAAGUAUUGUGAUGAACUUCGCAAAUUAAUGAAUAAAGUUAAAUUUAAUGAUCAGUUAUAGAUUAAAUAGUAUAUAAAAUAACCGUCAAAAUGGGUAAUGCGCUCGAGGAAGUUCGAGCCAGAUUCGGCGAAAAAUGUCGGCCUAGAAAAUUACUUUAAAACAAACCAAAAAAAGUGAUUGAACCAAAACUAGUAGAAAAAAAUACAACGAUGUGGAUGCAGGUCCCGGACGGGGGACGGUGCAUCCGCAUCCGGGUGCCCGAACACACUUUACGAUACUUCCGUUCCGAAUCGACCCCGAUCUACCGCGAACUGGACUUUUAUUAUUGUCGAUUUAAUUUUAACAAAUGACAGAUCCAGUCGGUUGGGAACGGGAAUGGGUGUUUUAGCAGUUGAUUUUCUCUGGCUAUGUGAGCUGACAUUCGCUGACGCCGCAUCGUGGCUUGUCGUAUUAGGGACGCUAUGUGCGCGGCCACCGUCACACCACCCAUCUUCGACUCUACAAUGUCUUCAUCCGUCAUUUCGAACCACGUCAGCUCACCAAAUCACGAUCGAUUCAGACUCAUCCAUCACCACAUACAUUGUCAUCAUCUCAAUCGCCCUAAAAUGAUCCAACUUCCAGUCGCCGUGCGCAUGUCGUCCGCACACCUACUUUUAUAUCAUAUAUUUAUACUAAUUUAUAUUUAAAAGAGGACUUCGAAUUUUUCAUUACUAAGCAACACUUAUACCAAGUGUGGUAAAUACCCGUUAAAGAUAACGAUAAUAUUGUUUAAUUGAUAAUAAUAAAUUAAUUAACAAUAGCAUUUAAUACGAUUUUAAUAAAAAAACGUUUCUUUGGGCAUUUUAUAACAUAGUGUUAAACAAUCAGUCAGUCACAUAUCCCUUAGUUCGCGGAUGAACGAUUUUUGCUAUAAUCUGCAACGUCCUGCAGGACUGAAUCCACUGGAUUAAUUGGAUUCGACGGAUUCGUUAGAUUCAUUGGAUUCACUGCAGCCAAGCGGAAUUACACACACUCACACAUAAACACACACAAACACACACACACACAUACAAAUAAUAAUAUAAACAACGGAAAUAUCUGAGCACGUCUGGUACGCCCCCCCUGGCACGUCUGUAUUUAAACAGGGGGUGGGCGGUUGUGGACCUGCUUGGUUGCAAUUAUCACCUUAAAUAAAUGCCGUUCUUUUAAAUGCCGCCGCGAUAUCCAACACAUUCGUUUACAUGUAGACCUUGCAUAUUAAAUAAAUAAAUUGUCGACAUGUAUUUAACGCAACAAAAAAAAAAAACAAGUGGUAUUCGUAGAAGAAUUGCUGAUAAAUUUCGGUCGAUAACACGGGUGUAAAUUGUUGUUAUAUUUAUUAUUUUGUUGUGUUUGAGAUCUAUUAUGACCAAGUGACAAAAAUAAUGAAACUUCCUACUUUGAAAUAGGCUCCUAGAAUCCGCCAACGACCCGCUUUUUCUAAUUAAGUACCUCUCUUGUGUACACUGUACCGCUGUACAAAACGUAUUCCGUAUAGCCGUACAGCAAAACUUUGCUCUCCCACUCAAUGUGGAGAGACAAUCGAAUGAAGCAACCAAUUAGUUUAGUUUCCGCCAAUUAUCCAAACUUACUUACUUACUUACUUACUUACUUACUUACUUAGAUUAGUAACGCAAAGAUGUGUACCCGAUCUUUAGAAAUUCUCAAAUAUAACGAUUCCUCUCUAAUGUUCUCCCAAAUCCCCUUGGCUUCAUUCAUUUAUAAUUACUUACUAUUAUUACUAAUAAUAAAAGAUUAUGCUCAACUAUCAGUAUUACGUUGCAUUUGCUAAAAAUCAUAUAUUUAUAUUAUGUUAUCCUGAUGCUGGAAUUACAGAUGAAUUAUGUCGAAUAAAUGUAUAACGUAUGAUUGAAAAUAAAUGAGUAAAUUCAUUUCUAUUUUUUCUUCAAAGGUUAUGACAAAUCCUGUAAAAAUCGUUUGAUUUAAUCGUAUAAAACUCAUUAAAAUAAUAUUGUAUAAAUUCAUCAAUGUUUCAUUACCCCAUUAAAUACAUUUGAAUUGUUUAAAUAUGUCAAUUAUUAAAAUAAUUUCGUAAAUUCGUUAUCCCAUCACAUCCCUCCAAAUUCUCAACACACAACUCGUUUCGUUAACAUUAUAUUCAUUUGAAAGGUGUAAAUGUAAAAUGUACGACUGUAAAUAAAUUGAUGACAGUUCUGUUUCAUAAUCAGCUGUUUUAUUUCCUACGCCUUAUGAUACCUGAUAGUUGUAAAAUUAUUUGUUACAUUGUUAAGUGUUGAAUAAAUAAUAUUUGUUUUGA